CCCUGUCCUCGGCUGAUGGCCGGAGCGGCCGAUAGUGACCCCCACUGUGUCCGGUCUUCGGUGCAGGGCUGCAAGGAGCGGCACGACUUCUUCAACAAGACGCUGCCUUACUGGAGCGCCGUGCGCAGUUCCGACUACGGCUACACCCGCCUGACUGUGGCCAACGGCUCCCACCUCUUCAUCGAGCAGGUGUCCGACGACAAGGAUGGCGCUGUGAUCGACAGCCUGUGGAUCCGGAAGGAAGCCCACAAGCCAUUCAGCCAGCUGCGCAAAACAGAGCGAGGGUAUCUGUAGUGGCGCUGCUCCUCUGCUCCGUGGAGAGGCCGGCUACGGGGACGAUCAGGGAAGGCCAGCCUGCACGUCUUGGCCUCCCUGUUUUCUGAUUGCCACAGUGUACUGAACUCGCAGCACGUGUACCCGACGGAAGCAUCAAUCUAUUGAAGGACCUCGUAUAAUGAUCUAUUUUAGCCGUAGGCUCUGGUCAAGAGUUGAAGCAACGUGCAUAGGCCAUAUGUACCAUACCCUUGUACUCGAUCUCCCAUGCAGUGUGUUUACCGAUGUUUAAAUCUCGUGUUUUAUCACCGGGCUGAUCGCGUAUUUUGUCUGUGAACAGGCUGUGUCAUUAAUCCCGCGGGAUUCGGCUUAUACGGAUGUUGACUGUGCAUGAGGGUUGUAGCAGGACAUGCGUCUCUCCGGGUUAAUGGUGAAAAUAACGGGUGUAGGCCGUCCAAAAUAAAUGUCCCACACAUGCGACUACUGCGAAAGGUGGAGGCCAGUUCGGCGCGAUAUGGGCGCAUGCUCUAAGACCUAACGAGAUUUUUUCUUUAUCUCAUGUAGCCUAAAAUCGUGUCGCAAACUGGAUGUGACUACUUGCACAAAUUUGUGAGCUUAUGGACAAUGAUCGUAGUUGAUGAGACUGAACUACGGUCUUUUUGUGUCAUCAGUCGACAUUUUAUUAGAAUGCGUGUAUGUAUAGGUGGUACGCUGUAGACUGGAACAAGCGUGGGAGUUCCGAGUUUGCUCCUGAAGCAACGGACGCGCUGAACGGCCCGCUGCACCACAUGUGUGUUGCACAGUGGUGCAUGUGUGCUGUUACACAGUCGUCUCCGCUUGUUCUCCGUCGUAUGCGCCGACUCGGCCAGUUUGUUCUUGUCAUGCACCAAUUUAAAAUGUGCGAGGCGACUGGAGUAACGGAUAGGAAAGAAGUCGCCUGGCUUGUUCUUCGCCAGAUAUAUUGGUUUACUCUGCAUGCAAACCGCUGUGAAGGUGUCAUCGGUUGGCGCGGUGGCCGAACUACUUACCUGAACGAUGACACAGCCGAUUAGCGUACAUAUAGUACAUAAAGUGCUCACAUGUGUUGCACUUUGUGUUUUGCAAAGGUGACCAUUAAUCCCAGCAUGCACGUAUAUCAAUAAACAUGCAGUAUAUCA